AUGGCGCCCGAGUCCUUCCCUCCCAUGGCGCCCGAGUCCUUCCCUCCCAUGGCGCCUUCGCAUUUGAGAAGCCCAUUCCCCUUGCUCUCGUACCUCCCUCUCCCCGGCUCCCACACUACGCCCUUGCCGAGAAGACGCCACCUCUUCCUGCCCCCUUCCGCGACUCCGUCCGGCGACCCCGCGCCUCCUCCGGCGAGGAGGUCGUCCCACCCGGACAAGGCGUCGGGUGAGGGCGAGUGGUGGAGGAAGGCGGUGCCGCCGGGACGCGCGGGCCCUCCAGCCCCGUCCCCGAGGAGCCGCUGUCGACGCCCCGGUGGAAGGCCAGGCGGCAGGCGCGCGCUGCGUGGCGGAAGGCCAUGUCAUUGGUGCCCAGCCCUGCUCAACCUGCUAGUCCUCAUAUUCGCAAGCAACAUUUCUAUUGUCAAAGAAGCGCCAACUAUGUUGGAUCCUGACCUUCUCAAUAUCACACGCUUCACUAUUGCGGCCAUUCCUUUUGUGCUAUUCUUGUUGAAGUCAAUCAGAGACAUGCAAGUUGUUAUUAGGGGCGUAGAACUGGGGAUUUGGGUAACCUUGGCCUACCUCACUCAGUCUAUUGGGUUAGUUACUGCUGAUGCUGGUCGUGCAUCUUUCAUAUCCGCCCUCACCAAAUACCUGCAUAUACAUGACUUCGAGCAUGUUUAUCAGUUCUCGGGGUUGGUAUUCUGGAGUUAAGUGGUUCUCCACCAUGUUCUUUAGGUUGGUGAUCUUCUGACCCUCCUUAGUGCCUUUUGUUUUGGAAUUCACAUGCUCAGAACCGAGCAUAUUUCCAGGAAAA